CUUGAACUUGGGACCCACUGCUGCCCUCAGCUCUGAGUCCGGGGCAAGCGCAGAGUGAGUGCUGGAGGCAGAUCCUGGGCGCGAGAGGGCGGCAUUCGGCGCGCUGGGCAUGAACCUGGAGGGUGGUGGCAGCCGAGGUGGAGAGUUCGGCAUGAGCUCUGUGAGCUGCGGCAAUGGGAAGCUCCGCCAGUGGCUGAUCGACCAGAUCGACAGCGGCAAGUACCCAGGGCUGGUGUGGGAGAACGAGGAGAAGAGCAUCUUCCGCAUCCCAUGGAAGCACGCGGGCAAGCAGGACUACAACCGCGAGGAGGACGCCGCCCUCUUCAAGGCAUGGGCACUCUUUAAAGGGAAAUUCAGGGAAGGCAUCGACAAGCCAGACCCUCCUACCUGGAAGACACGUUUACGUUGUGCUUUGAACAAAAGCAAUGACUUUGAGGAACUGGUUGAGAGAAGCCAGCUGGACAUCUCAGAUCCCUACAAAGUAUACAGGAUUGUUCCUGAGGGAGCCAAAAAAGGAGCAAAGCAGCUCACCCUAGAGGACCCACAGAUGACCAUGAGCCACCCCUACACCAUGACAACGCCUUACACCUCACUCCCAGCUCAGCAGGUUCAUAACUACAUGAUGCCACCACACGACCGGAGUUGGAGGGAGUACGUCCCUGACCAGCCACACCCUGAAAUCCCAUAUCAAUGUCCUGUGACAUUUGGACCCCGAAGCCACCACUGGCAAGGCCCAGCUUGUGAGAAUGGUUGCCAGGUGACAGGAACCUUUUAUGCUUGUGCCCCGCCUGAGUCCCAGGCCUCUGGAAUCCCCAUAGAGCCAAGCAUAAGGUCUGCCGAAGCCUUGGCCCUCUCAGACUGUCGGCUCCACAUCUGUUUGUAUUACCGGGAAAUCCUAGUGAAAGAGUUGACCACAGCCAGCCCCGAAGGCUGUCGGAUCUCCCAUGGACACACCUAUGAUGCCAGUAACCUGGACCAGGUCCUCUUCCCCUACCCAGAGGACAAUGGUCAGAGGAAAAACAUCGAGAAACUGCUGAGCCACCUAGAAAGGGGUGUGGUCCUCUGGAUGGCCCCUGAUGGGCUUUAUGCCAAAAGACUGUGCCAGAGCAGGAUCUACUGGGACGGACCCUUGGCACUGUGCAGUGACCGGCCCAACAAACUGGAGAGAGACCAGACCUGCAAGCUAUUUGACACACAGCAGUUUUUAUCAGAGUUGCAAGCUUUUGCUCACCAUGGCCGACCCCUGCCAAGAUUCCAGGUAACUCUGUGUUUCGGGGAGGAGUUUCCAGAUCCCCAGAGGCAAAGGAAACUCAUCACCGCUCACGUUGAACCUCUACUAGCCAGACAACUAUAUUAUUUUGCUCAACAAAACAGUGGACAUUUUCUAAGGAGCUAUGACUUGCCUGAACACAUUAGCAGUCCGGAGGAUUAUCACAGAUCUAUUCGCCACUCUUCUAUUCAAGAAUGAAAACGUCAAGUGAUUUCGUUUCAUUGUAAAUAUCUGACUUUAACAACAACAGCUGAUUGAAUCCCCUCUUUUUCUUUUGAUAAACUUGGGAAUUGGAGCUUCAUUUCAACA